CCUUAAGCAGGUAGAAACGAAAGUAAAAGGAGGAACGUAAAUGACGCCAUUUUACCCUGUUAACUUUGAGUGUUUCAACUGUCGCAUAUUCUGAGAUUUGAAAUUAGUCUCCUCACAAUAUUUUGGCAAAUGAGAGCAGGAGGACACUAAAAUGAGCCUACAUAAAGAGAAAGUUGAUGAUGGCCCUGCCUCUAAAAUGAGUUGUACAUCUCCUGGAUCCAGCUGUGUGCAUGUGAAGAGUGUUCAGCCCACAAUGAAACAUCCUGUUAAACUCAUUAAUGCAGUGGGCUCUGACUCCAGCAAUAGAAAGAGACAGAGAUUGGAGUCUUCAGAACCCAGCGGUGUGUCCGUAAAGAGUAACUCAUCUAUGUUGGAAACCCCUGAAUUCAGUGAUGGACCAGUGACCCCUGACCCUCUCAGGGGGAAGAUACAUAGGCUGAUCAGAUUUGUGCCGUCCUCUACAUCCCUCUGUCAGUCCUUAAUCAGGCAGGACAACACUGAAACUGCCCUGCAGGCACACAAGCAAGAGACUGGAGUCCUGCAGAGAGUCAAAGACGAGCACAAAACUAGCUUGAAGAACAAGUAUGAGAGAUUAUUUGAAGGAAUCAAACUGCAAGUGAAUGAAACCCUCCUGAACAGGAUCUACACACAGCUCUACAUCAUGAAAGAAGAGAGUGAAGGAGUGAAUAAAGAACAUGAGGUUUUACAGAUGGAGAAAACAGUCAAAACACAACACUCACGAUACACUCCAAUCUACUGCAAUGACAUCUUUAAAGUCUCACCUGAACCAGGAUGUGAGGAGAAAAACCAAAUAAAGAUUGUGCUUACUAAAGGCAUUGCCGGAAUUGGAAAAACCAUCUCGGUGCAGAAAUUUGUUCUGGACUGGGCCGAGGGAAAAGCCAAUCAGGAUGUAGAUUUCAUGUUUGUGCUUCCAUUUCGAGAGCUGAACCUGAUUCAAAAUCAUCAACACAGUCUUCACAGUCUUGUGCUGGACUUUCAUCCUGAACUUCAACAUCUCGACUCAAAGAUAUAUGAGGAGUGUAAAGUUGUGUUCAUCUUUGAUGGUCUGGAUGAAAACAAAGUCACAUUGGUGUUUUCAGAUGCUCAGAAAGUUUGUGAUGUGACUGAGACUUCAUCAGUGGCUGUGUUGGUGUCAAACCUCAUGAAAGGAGAGCUGCUUCCCUCUGCUCUCAUCUGGAUCACCUCCAGACCAGCAGCAGCCAAUCAGAUUCCCACCAAAUACAUUGACCGUGUGACAGAAAUUCAGGGAUUCAAUGAACCUCAAAAGGAGGAAUAUUUCAGGAUGAGAAUUAGAGAUGAACAUCAAGCCAGCAGAAUUGUUUUACAUGUCAAAAGAGCAAGAAGCCUCCAUAUCAUGUGCCACAUCCCCAUCUUCUGCUGGAUCUCAUCCACUGUGCUUCAGAAGCUCCUGGAAGAAGAUCUGAGUGCAGAAAUCCCUCAGACGCUGACAGAAAUGUACAUCCACUUUCUGCUAAUUCAUAUCAACAUAAGGAACCAGAAGUAUGAAGAAAGAGAUCCAGCAAAACUUCUACAGUUCAAUAGAGAAGUGAUUGUGAAACUUGCAGGAGUGGCUUUCAAACAGCUGAUAAAAGGCAAUGUGAUGUUCUAUGAGGAGGACCUGAUUGAGAGCGGCAUAGAUGUCACUGAUGCCUCAGUGUAUUCUGGGAUUUGCACUGAGAUCUUUAAGGAGGAAUCUGUGAUUCAUCAGAGGAAAGUCUACAGCUUCAUUCAUCUGAGUGUUCAGGAGUUUCUUGCUGCAUUCUAUGUGUUUUCCUGCUAUUUAAUGAAGAAAAGGGAACCACUUCAACUUCUGGGUGCUAAAGAUAAACAUGAUCAUGAAUAUGACACUGACCCAGAUGUUGACGGUAUUAAUUUAACACAUAUAAAUUACUCUAACGCUGAGUACUUGUCUGAUGAAGACUCUUUGUAUGCUCUACUAACACCAGCAGUAGAUAAAGCCCUCAAGAGUAAGAAUGGACACCUGGAUCUGUUCCUGCGAUUCCUGCUGGGCGUCUCACUGGAGUCCAAUCAGAGACUCUUACAGGAUCUACUCACACACAGAGAGAAUAGUUCAGAGAGCAUCAGGAGAACCACACAUUACAUUAAAGAGAAGAUCAAAAAUGGACAUGGACUGUCCAUUGAAAGAUCCAUCAAUCUGUUCCUCUGUCUGCUGGAAGUGAAAGAUCAAACUUUGUCCAGAGAGAUUCAGGCAUUUGUUAAAUCAGACAAACACUCAGAGAAGUAUCUCUCGCCUGCUCACUGCUCAGCAAUAGCCUACAUGCUUCAGAUAUCAGAGGAGGUUCUGUAUGAGCUGGACCUCAAGAAAUACAACACAUCAGAUGAGGGUAAAAGAAGACUGAUUCCAGCUGUAAGCAACUGCAGAAAAGCUCUUCUUGUUGGCUGUAAUCUCACUGGUCAGCACUGUGAAAUUGUGUCAUCAGCUCUACAAUCAUCUGUCUUGAGAGAGCUUGAUCUGAGUAACAAUGACCUUCAGGACUCUGUGAAUAUUCUUUCUCAUGGACUGAAGAAUGCAAACUGUCAGCUGGAGUUACUGAGACUGCGUUUCUGUAAUCUCACUAGUCAGCAUUGUGAAAUUGUGUCAUCAGCUCUACAGUCCUCAAACUCUGUCCUGAGAGAGCUGGAUCUGAGUAACAAUAACCUGCAGGAUUCAGGAAUGAAGAUUUUUUCUCAUGGACUGCACAGUUCAAACUGUCACCUGAAGAUACUGAGAUUAUCAUGCUGUAAUCUGACUGGUCAGUCCUGUGAAAUUGUCUCAUCAGCUCUACAAUCCUCAAACUAUGUCCUGAGAGAGCUGAAUCUAAGUAAUAAUGACCUACAGGAUUCAGGAGUGAAACUACUCUCUGAUGGACUAAAGAGUCCAAACUGUCAGCUGGAGAUACUAAGGUUGUCCGGCUGUAUGGUGACAGAGGAAGGCUGUGUUUAUUUGUCUUCAGCUCUGAGUUCAAACCCUUCACACCUAAGAGAGCUGGAUCUGAGCUACAAUCACCCAGGACAAUCAGGAGUCCAGCUGCUCAACCACAAAAUGGAGGAUCCAAACUGCUCACUGCAGAUACUCAAUGUGGAUCAUGGUGGCGAGUUCAUGAUGACAGCAGGACUACGAAAGUAUGCCUGUGAUCUCUCACUGGACCCAAACACAGCAAAUACUCAACUCAUCCUGUCUGAGGACAACAGAAAGGUGACACAUGUGAAAGAUCAUCAGCCAUACCCUGAUCAUCCUGAGAGAUUUGAGCAGGUUCCUCAUGUUUUGUGUGGAGAGAGUCUGACUGGACGGUGUUACUGGGAGGCUGAAUGGAGUGGAUAUAAUGCAGAAAUAUCAGUGACAUAUAAAGGAAUCAGCAGGAAAGCAGGCGGUGACUGUUGGUUUGGAUACAAUUAGAAAUCCUGGAGUCUGAUCUGUACUGAUGAUGGAAUUACUGUAUGGCACAAUAAUAAGUUCACUGACAUCUCUACCCCUUCACCUUUUUUUAACACAGUAGGAGUGUAUGUGGAUGUGUUGGAUGGCACUCUGUCAUUCUACAGUGUCUCAGACACAC